CUGUCCUGUCGGUCCCAGAAACAUCAUCCUAACACGGACGUGAUCACUUUGAGGCGCAGAACACACCACCAACUUUCCUGUUAUCUGCCAAAUUUAACAGACCAUUAUCAGCUUCUUGGUUAUUUCAGUCUUUGAAAAAACAAGACAGCCCCGGGGAUCCGGACUAAAUGCCCACUUACUAUGUCAACUCUGGUGUUUGUCUUGAUCGGCUGUCUGCUCUGAGUCACCAGGGAGACCUCUGGGUAGUUUUUACCCUCUAAGUCGCUUGCCAGUCUUGCCAAGAGAAUCAUGGGUAGUUGGUUGAAGUGGCUGUUGUACCACAGAAACUACAUCAUCAUCGUCGUCACUCCGCUAGUACUCCUUCCCCUGCCCCUCUGCAGCCCUACAUCGGAAGCGAGAUGUGGUUACGCUAUCAUCCUAAUGGCUCUGUACUGGUGUACAGAGUGUAUGCCUCUGGCUGUGACUGCCCUACUGCCAGUCGUCCUCUUUCCUAUGAUGGGCAUCAUGACGGCUGGAGCGGUCAGUAUUGAAUAUCUGAAAGACUCCAACAUGCUGUUCAUGGGUGGCCUGCUAGUGGCCAUAGCAGUGGAGCAGUGGAACCUCCAUAAGCGCAUCGCUCUCCGAGUCUUGCUGCUGGUUGGUGUUCGUCCAGCCCUGUUAAUGAUGGGCUUCAUGAUCGUCUCAUCCUUCCUCUCCAUGUGGAUCAGCAACACGGCCACCACAGCCAUGAUGCUGCCAAUCUCCCAAGCCGUGCUGCAGCAGCUAAAAGCCACCGAGACCAAGGCCAAUGAACAAGAUUUCCAGGCUGCAGCCGAGGACAACCGUGCAUUUGAGCUCGAGAUAAGAGAAACUAAGGAGGAAAUAACCAACAAUACAAAACAGCCAGACACCCAGACUCAGAUGGAGAACAGAGUGUAUGAACAUGAGCAGAGUCCAGAGUCACUGAAGGAGUCCAGGAGACAAGCGUUGGAGAAGAAGUACGAGCUCCUGACCAAAGGGAUCAGUCUGAGCGUGUGUUACUCCGCCAGCAUCGGAGGCACGGCCACACUCACCGGCACGACCCCUAAUCUAAUCCUCAAGGGUCAAAUCGACAAGAUCUUCCCUAAAAAUGAUGAUGUGAUCAACUUUGCCAGCUGGUUCGGCUUUGCUUUUCCCAACAUGGUGCUCAUGCUGGUGUUUUCCUGGCUCUGGCUUCAGUUUAUGUUCCUGGGCUUCAACCUGAAGCAAUCUUUUGGCUGUGGCGUAAAGACCAACAGAGAUAAGGAGGCGUACACAGUGAUGAAGGAGGAAUACAAAAAGCUGGGGCGUAUGAAGUUUUCCGAGUGGGCAGUGCUCACCAUCUUUGUCCUGCUGGUGGUCCUGUGGUUCACCAGGGAGCCCGGCUUCAUUGACGGCUGGGCAACAGUGCUCUUCAAUAAGGAGGACCAGUUUGUGUCAGAUGGAACCAUCGCUAUCUUAAUGUCGAUGCUAUUCUUCGUCAUCCCCUCCCAGUUGCCCAAGUUUGGAGGCUACGGUUGCAACGAAGCAGGUAAGAUGAUAAAGGCUCCCCCGACUCUGCUGAACUGGCAGUUGGUCCACGAGCGAAUGCCCUGGAACAUCAUCCUGCUGCUGGGAGGAGGCUUUGCUCUGGCUGCUGGCAGUGAGAUUUCAGGUCUGUCCACGUGGUUGGGAGAGAGCUUGGCACCUCUGGAGAAAAUUCCUGCCUAUGCCAUCUCGUUACUGCUCAGCCUGCUGGUGGCGACAUUCACCGAGUGCUCCAGCAACACAGCCACCACCACCUUGUUCCUGCCCAUCCUGGCCUCAAUGGCCAUAACUAUAAAGAUACACCCGCUGUAUGUGAUGAUGCCCUGCACUCUUGCUGCCUCGCUGGCCUUCAUGCUGCCUGUGGCCACACCACCCAACGCCAUAGCCUUCUCCUUUGGAAAACUCAAAGUCAUCGACAUGGUGAAAACUGGCUUCAUGCUGAACAUCAUUGGGAUUCUGACCAUUAAUUUGGGGAUCAAUACCUGGGGAUACGCCAUAUUUGACAUGGGCACCUUCCCUCAGUGGGCCAACAUUACACAUGCCCAACCUUGAGUAAGGAAGGACAGAAAGAGAGAGAGAAUGACACAGAAUUGGUUUUUCAAGCCCCUGAAAACUGGUAUUUCUCUAUUUCAUGAAAAUAUUUCAUCAAAUAUUCAGGACUAAAUAAGCAACAUUCAAAGAUUUUAAAAAAUUACCCUUAGGUAUGUUUUUUUUAUCAAGCGGUUAAUAGUCAAAAACUCUCAGAAAUCUGUCUUUUGAAAUAACCUAAACUGUUGGCAGAAAAUAGUACACGUUAGUCACUGUAGGAUCCCUUUGCUCAUGAAAAAAAGCUGAUGAGGAAAAAAAAAAAGUUUUCAGGGCCUUUGAAGAAAAGGAGAGAGAGCCACUUUUUUUGAGCUGUAGCUGAGGCUUUGAUUAUUUUUAAAAUGAGCAAAGGAAGAGGGGGGAGUAAAUGGAAGGUUGUCUACGGUAAAUGUGGUAAAGACAAUGAAGUUUAAAGAUGAACCUGGUCCAAAGCACAAGCACCAUUUAGACCCGGCUGCACCCAGCAGUGGUGCACUACUACAUCUCAGAACAUCUCACUAGGACUGUUUUGUUUGCCCAUUUUCGCCCUUGCAACUCAAACAGUUACAGUCCCAGAACUCUGAAUCAGUCGUUUUGAUUAUAAACACCAAAACUGACUAAAAUUGAGAUAAACCUGAAGUGCUAUCAGUUUAGUAGCUCCAUUAUUAAAGACGCUCUCCCUUUAGCGUUCGGUAAUUCCUCAUGUCAUUGCAGUGACUGCACAAAAGGGAAAUGAUGUGUUUUUUUUCUUUAAAGAGAGACUGAGGUCAUUUCCUUGUACACUUUUCCCUGAAUGUGGCGUCAUCUCAUUAAUCUUUUUAUAAUUUACAAAUCAUGCAAAGGUGCAAUACAGUGUUUGUUUGAGUGAUUGUUUAAAAUAACCUGAUUAUUCUGAGUGAUGUUGUUUUUUCAGUCACCAUGUAAAUGAGCUAAAAUUUAAUUAAUUGUAUCAGUUAAUUUAACUUAUUACUUUGGUCUUUUUGUUAGACUUUAAGUCUUUGUUUUUUUUGUUGCAUAUUUUAUUUUUUAUCAGUGAUUUUGUCACACUGUUUUUACCAUUAGCAGGCAUUGACUUUAUAUCUCUUUACUUUUAAUUUGUAAACACUAAAGAGACUUUAGGUGAUUAUUUGUAAAACCAGAAGAGAAUUUUUUUUUUAAUCUGGAAAUACGCUCCCUAGACGAAUACAGGUGAAUGCUGUUAAAGGAAUGGUUCAGCAUUUUGGGAAACGCUCUUAUUCUCUUUCUUGUCGAGUGUUAGGUGAGGAGAUUGAUACCACUCUCGUGUCUGCACGCUAAAUAUAAAGCUUCCCCCACAGCAUAUUAGCUUAGCUUAGCAUAAAGCCUGGAAACAGGGGGAAACAGCUAGCCUGGCUCUGUCCAAAGGUAACAACAUCUGCCCACCAGCACCUAUAAAGCUCACUGAUUAACGUGUUAUAUCUUGUUAUAUAUACCCUUAAACCACAGCAAAUCAUAUCACUUUGACACUUAAGUUUUUGUACGGAUUAGGCAAUCGUAAUAAGAACAUGCUGAUUCGUGAGCUUUAGAGGUGCUGGUAGGCAUUUCAUUUUGUACCUUUCUUUUCUCGUCUAACUCUUGGCACCAAAAAGAAAUUAGUUCCCAAGAUGUCGAACUAUUCCUUUAACAAAACCCACUCCAGUAAUUACUGGGACGUGUACACAAAGUUAAGGUGACAUUGAAAAAUGUCUUUAAGCACUGAGGAGGGUAAAACACAGAAAGUGCACAAAUCAACAGCAGGAAGAUGUUACAAGCAUUGUGAACAGUGAGCACAGAUGAAAAAGGUUGGUUGAAGGAUAACUCUGAGAUAAGAGGCUGCCAAUAGGUUACGAUCUUAGCGGAGGUCAGUUCCUAUCUUGUUUAUUACAGGUUGAAAGUAGUAGAAAGAACAUCCCAGCAGUGAUGCGUUUUUUUUUUUUUUCUCCCCCCGUAUUACACGUUUAUGUACCAGAGCCGUUUUUAUUCUGAAAAUAA